AUGGCCCGACCGGCACAGGCACAGUUGCCCGGCAAGACCAGGGCAGGAUACCGAUAUCGCCAAUUCGUCAAUGCCUUCCUCGCCGCAAGAUGGGGCAAGACGCAACUCCGCAUCUUUCGAGUCACGACGCUGCGACGCCGCGGAAAGCGACCAGACGCCAUCCACCUCUGCGGUAUCUACAUAGCAUCGAUAACAAUGUCUCGGAUGCUUGUUGAUGUCAAGCGACCCAUGGCCAGUCCGUCAGGCGUCAGGCAGACCCGCUUCUGA